AUGGCGCCCGUCAAGUCGCAUUCCAAGGUCGUUUCCAUCGGACGGACUCCGUUAGUGCAUCCGCUGGACCCGCUGAGUCCCGCGGAGAUCUCUGUCGCCCUCGCGACGGUCCGCACGGCUGGAGCUACUCCCGAGCUGCGGGAUGCCAUCCGCUUUAUUGAGGUGGCUCUUAACGAGCCACCCAAGGACGUGGUCGCACUGGCAGACUCCUACUUCUUCCCUCCUUACCAGCACUCGGUGUACAUUCCACCCGCCAACGCUCACCCUCCCACUCACAACAAACCGUCCUCCUCCUUUCCCUCCUCCUCCUCCUCCCCCAUCCCUUCCUCCACCACCACCACCCCCUCCCCCUCCGCCUCCUCCGCCGCCUCCCCCUCUCCCAAAGCGGCUGUUCUCCGCCUCCCCCCCCGGGAGGCGAGGCUGGUGACGUGGAACAAGCUGACCAAUCAGACGGCGGUAUGGGUGGUACAGCUGGCAGAGGUGCAUGCGAGUCUCAGGGGGGGGCACCACCGUGGACGAAUCAAAUCGUGCCAGGUCAUGGAGGACGUUCAGCCCGCCAUGGUGAGUCCAGACAAAGUCAGCAAUGGCGUUCAGAUGCACAUGCCUCUGUGUACACUCCUCCUGAUGCAGUUACAGCGAAUUGGGUUUUGCGAACAGACUAUUGAGUUUUCUCGAGCUGAAUCUUGCAGCUCCUCUCCCUCUCACUUCACUUGCCUGUCCUCAGGAUGCAGUGGAGUGUUCAGAGUGCGAGGAAGCAGUGAAAGCUCACCCAGCAGGGUUGAAGCAUCUUCUUUCCUCCCAUCCUUUUAUCAUUUCCUCCCAUCCUCUCACUCUUCGUUAUCCUCAGUCUCUCAUCCUUCCUUUUUCUCAUCCCUCCAUCCCCCCUACCCAGGGCGCAGUGGAGUAUGCAGAGUGCGAGGCAGCAGUGAAGGCACACCCAGCACCGUCAAUGCAUGUUCCUUUAGCUCAUCCUUUUUCUCUUAUCCUCUCAUCCUGCCGUCCUCUCUUCUUUCCUCCCUUCAGGACCCAGUGGAGUAUGCAGAGGGCGAGGCAGCAGUGAAGGCACACCUGCCAUUUCAAGAGGCGAUGAGGCGACGAGGUGUCGAUGACAUGGACCUAGUCAUGGUGGACGCGUGGUGUGUGGGGUAUUACUCUGAAGCGGAUCACCCCAAUCGCCGCCUCGCCAAGCCGCUCAUCUACUGCCGCUUCCCCUCUGACUGCUCUUUGGACAAUGGAUACGCCAGGCCCGUCGAGGGUAUAUACAUGACGUUGGACCUGCAGAGCAUGGAAGUGAUCAGGUGCGAGGACAGGGAGCUCAUCCCCCUGCCCCCGCCCGACCCGUUGCGCAACUACACGCCCGGGGCGGACAGGGGGGGCGUAGACCGCUCCGACUUGAAGCCCAUUAAGAUAGAGCAGCCCGAGGGGCCGAGCUUCCGCGUGAAUGGAUACGCUGUGGAGUGGCAGAAGUGGAGUUUCCGUGUAGGGUUCACGCCUAAAGAAGGCCUGGUGCUGCAUUCCCUAGCCUACGACGAUGGCAGCAGCGGCAGGAGGGGCGUUGCGCACCGGCUGAGCUUCUGUGAGAUGGUGGUGCCGUAUGGCGACCCCCACGAGCCCCACUACCGCAAAAACGCCUUCGAUGCCGGAGAAGACGGGCUGGGCAAGACCGCCCACUCGCUAACGAAGGGAUGUGACUGUCUAGGGUUGAUCCGCUACUUUGACGCGCACAUGAGCAACUUUCUCGGUGGCGUCGAGACGAUAGAGAAUGCCGUGUGCAUGCAUGAGGAGGACCAUGGCAUGCUCUGGAAGCACGUGGACUGGCGCUCGGGGCACACGGAAGUGAGGCGGUCGAGAAGGCUCGUGCUCUCGUUUGUGUGCACGGUGGGCAACUACGAAUACGGCUUCUUCUGGUAUCUCUAUCAGGAUGGCAAGAUCGAAGCGCAAGUAAAGCUCACGGGGAUCCUAUCAGUGGGCACUCUGAGGGAGGGCGAGGAGCGCAAGUAUGGGACACUGCUGGCGCCGGGGCUGUAUGCUCCCAUCCACCAGCACUUCUUUGUGGCUCGCAUGGACAUGGCUGUUGACUGCCGCCCGGGCGAGCAGGCUAAUCAGGUGGCGGAGCUGAAUGUGAGGAUGGAAGGGGCAGGCCCGCACAACCCUCAUGCGAAUGCCUUCUAUGCAGAGGAGAGGGUGCUUCGGACAGAAGGCGAAGGGAUGAGAGAUGUGGAUCCCAUGUCUGCCAGGCACUGGCUGAUCCAAAACACUCGGGCAGUCAACCGGACAGGUCGUCCAACAGCCUACAAGCUCGUGCCAGGGUCCAACUGCCUGCCCUUCUCGCAGCCCGAGGCGAAAUUUCUCCGCCGGGCAGCUUUCCUGAAGCACAACCUGUGGGUCACGCCGUACCACCCGGAGGAACGGUUUCCGGGCGGCGAGUUCCCGAACCAGAACCCCAGGAUUGGCGAUGGGCUGUCCUCGUGGGUGCAGCAGAACAGAUCGAUCGACAAUGCUGAUGUGGUGCUCUGGUACGUGUUUGGCCUCACUCACGUCCCACGGCUGGAGGAUUGGCCCGUCAUGCCCUGUGAAUACCUCAGUUUCUGCCUCAUGCCACAUGGUUUCUUCAACAUAUCUCCUGCAGUUGAUGUUCCUCCUAGCGAACCUGAAAAUGCCGCCGAAACAGGCACUGUUUCUACACCUAGCGCUAGCAAAGAUGGGAACUGCUGUAGUGAGACGACUCUGCCAAGCCUCGCGUCAAAACUCUAG